AUGAUCUAUCAAGAGACAGAAACAACCUCUAAUCGAUCCGUUAGACCUAAAGACUGGGAAUCAAUUACACCCAAAUGGAUUAAAGACUUGCCUAUCGAUAGACUGCAGCAACUUGCUGCCAGCAAGCUAACAUGUGCAGUUGAAUAUUUAAUAGCAGAAUUAAUGAUAAAAGGUUCAGAGACAGACCCAGACGAGACGAUGGAAAUGGUCGCUAAUAACUUUCUUCAAAACCACGAGAAUUGGGACGGCAAUCACGACAAACAUAUUGAAGGUCUUGGUCUAUUACAGUAUUCAAAAGAAGAGGAAAUUGACGAUUGGAUCAAACGAGCUAGUCACCCUCUUUUCAAGUCAUGGAUGUAUAGGGCAGUUCCAAAGAGAACGUACAAUCGUUGGACAAUAGAUACUUGUAUUAUUAUAGAUUAUAGUUCAUAUAAAUAUCAUGAAUGA